AUGUCCCAAACAGAUAAUGAUUUCAUUAUCAUUCAACAAAAGCAACAAGAACAGGAACAUCAACAACAAGAAGAAGAAGAAUUAGUAGAUAAUAAUAAUAGUUAUAAUACAUCUAUUCCUAUAUUACCACCAUUAAAUAUUAUCAAUAAUAAUAACAACAACAACAUUACUAGUAAUAAUAACAUUGAUAUUGACAUUGAUAUUGAUAGAUCUGAAAAUAACAUAAUUGAUACUAAUAAUAAUCUACUACAACAAAACAAAUCGCAGAUGAAUAGCUAUGAGUUUAAUAAUAAUGUUGUUGGUGAAACAGGUGGUGUAAAUAAUAAUAGUGGUAUUGGUAGCAAUAGUAAUGUCGAUAACUCAACACCAUUGUCACCACCAUCGUUCCUUACUGGUGGAGGUUCAUCACUCAACUCUAGUUCAUCGCAAACAGGAUCAUCACUGCACCAACGUUUAAAUUUCAAUGUUAUCACAUCGAAAGUCAAGGAAUUCAAAGACACACGUCUUCAAAACACACGUGACUGGUAUCUAUUCGUUGGAAAGAGAGAUAAAUACGGUGUACCAACCAUGAGCAGUGCAACUGAGCGUGUCAAAGAGAACAUCAUCUAUUUCCAAACAAACUAUUUGAUUCUCUUUUUCAUUUUCGCAACUUAUGUUAUUUUUACAAAGCCAUUGUUUUUAUUAUUAUUAGUAUUGUUGGCACUCAUUCAUAUAUAUCUUAACUAUGUAAAUCCAGAACUACCAGAAAUUCAAAAGAAGAUUGGAAUUGGACUUCAAAUUAUCUUGUCAGUUUACUUUUUACUCUCUGCAGGUUCCGAUAUUGUUUGGUUGAUUGGUGCAACUCUCUCAAUUGUAUUAUUGCAUGCAGCAUUCCAUGUUCCACAAUCAACAGAUGACUCACAAGUAUCAUUUGGUAGUAGUUCAGUUUAA